AUGCCGCGCCGCAGUUUAACGGUCCAGAUCCCCGACCCCGAAAGCGAAGGGAUCGGCGCCGAGCCGCCGAGGCCGAUCGAGUGGAUCCCGGCGGGCGACGCCGUCUGCGACGACGACGACGAUUCCGACGACGAAAUCUGGGACAUUGACAUUUCGCGCACGAGCACUGGGGGGACCCGUUACAGUGCGCCUCCUUAUUGCAACGGCGGUUACCAGGACCCGCAAGUGCUGCUGCUGGGCCUUCACGCGGGAGCGGACCGUCCGCCCAACUCCCACAGCGGCCCCCAGCCGUGCACUGGCGCAAUUCACGGAAGCUCGAGGUUUUCCAAAGGGCAGGUCAGCUGCCCGUCCGUACCUGACGGGAGCGCAACUUCGCAAUUUCGAAGAAAUGAGAAUGAUGAGGGGGAAGAGGAGUGGGAUGAGGACAGGGAAGGCGAGGAGCAAUCCCCCGACGCGGGAAUCACGGCGUCCGAGAUUUCCGCUCGAUUGAAGCUACUCGAGGCAGAGCUGCAGAUCCUGGAAACGCACCGCCGAGUCGCGGUGCUACGCUGUCAGCGCGAAGUCAACGGCGCAGCGGAGACUAGCUCCGGUGCGGACAGGGCCUCUGCCUCCGCGGCAACCACCGCCUGCGCCAGCGGAGCCGCGGACGCCGCUGCUGCGCCUUCAGUAAGCAGAGCCGCCAGUGUCUGCGCCGCUAGCAGCGCUGGAAAUUCCGGAAGCAAUUCUGCGAGCUCGUCCCGCGCGUCCUCGCGGUCGGAGUCCCCGCUGCGCCUGGGCAGGUGGCGGCGCAGCCGGCGGUCGAGCAGCGGAAGCAGCAGCUUGGCGCAAAGCAGCGGAACUAGCAGCUCGGGGGGGAGCACUAGGAGCGGACUGAGUUCGGGGAGGCGGAGCCUCGACUGGGAGGUGCUGAGGGGCUCUGACAAAGAGAAGGCCGUCGCGAGAAAAUCUUUGGACAUUGCUAACGUGGCGGGUUUGGUGGAGGGUGAUGAAGAUUACGCAUGUGAGGACGACUGCUUGGAGGUAGAGAGUGACUGUGAAGACGGACUGCAGCUGAGCCCGCAAUUCCGGGGAUCGGUGAUCCAGCCGCCUUGCCAUGCGGCCGCCGCCAGCGCGUCGCGCACGCGACUGGCGAAGUCCUCCUCGUCGCAGCCGUCUCAUCUAAAAUCGCCGAUCUAUGGCCGGCCCGUCACGGCCAGCGCAUACCUCGAGUCGCACGCCGCGAUCGUCGCAGCCUCGCCGAUCGCAACCUCCCCUUCCGCCGCGAUCCGCAACCGCCGGCAGAAGCGCCGCGCCGUCAUCUCCGCAGCGGCGGGCGACGGCGGGGAAGGUGCGCCGAAGCCGGUUCCGGUUCCGGCGGCGCCCGUGGCGGCGCCAUGGAAGGGCGCGAACAUGAAGACCCUGGGAAUAUCGGUGGCGACGGGCGUCGCGAUGUGGUACUGUCCGCGACCCGAAGGCGUGGCGGCUAACGCGUGGCAGCUUCUGGCGAUCUUCCUCGCGACGAUCAUCGGCAUCAUCACUCAGCCGUUGCCGCUGGGAGCGGUUGCGCUCAUGGGUCUGGGCGUGAGCGUUCUCACGAAGACGCUCACCUUCGCUGCCGCCUUCAGUUCCUUCGGCGAUCCCAUCCCAUGGCUCAUCGCGCUCGCGUUCUUUUUCGCCAAGGGCUUCAUCAACACGGGUCUCGGCAACCGCGUUGGUUACCAGUUCGUCGCCGCUUUCGGCAGCACGUCGCUCGGCCUGGGCUACAGCCUCGUGCUCUCCGAAGCCAUGCUCGCGCCCGCCAUCCCCUCCGUCUCCGCGCGCGCGGGCGGGAUCUUCCUUCCGCUCCUCAAGGCGCUGUGCCAGGCGUGCGGAAGCCGCACGGACGACGGCACGGAGAAGAAGCUCGGCGCGUGGCUCGUGCUCACCUGCUUCCAGACAUCCAUUGUGUCCUCGGCCAUGUUUCUAACCGGAAUGGCGGCUAACCCGCUCGCCGUGAAUCUCGCGGCGGGCGCCAUAGGCCACACGAUCGGCUGGACGGAGUGGGCCAAGGCGGCCUUAGUUCCCGGACUCAUCUCGCUCGCCGUCGUGCCCGCGCUGCUCUACGUCAUCUACCCGCCGGAGAUUAAAGCCAGCCCCGACGCGCCCAAGCUCGCGCGCGAGAAGCUCGCGGCCAUGGGCCCGAUGAGCACUAACGAGAAAAUCAUGGCGGCCGUGCUCGUCGGCACGGUGGGUCUGUGGGUGUUCGGCGGCGUGUUGGGCAUCGACGCGGUAACCGCAGCCAUCAUGGGGCUCAGCGCGCUGCUCAUCACAGGCGUCGUCACGUGGAAGGAGUGCCUGGGCGAGGGCGUCGCGUGGGACACGCUCACGUGGUUCGCUGCUCUCAUCGCCAUGGCUAACUACCUCAACAAAUACGGACUCAUUGCUUGGUUCAGCCAGACCGUUGUCAAUCUCGUGUCCUCCAUGGGUCUCGCCUGGCAGCCCGCCUUCGGUCUCCUCGUCAUCCUCUACUUCUACUCGCACUACUUCUUCGCUUCCGGCGCCGCACACAUCGGAGCCAUGUUCGUCGCCUUCAUCUCGGUCGCAUCGGCCCUCGGCACGCCUCCGCUGCUCGCGGCCAUGGUCCUCUCGUUCAUGUCGAACCUCAUGGGUGGGAUCACGCACUAUGGGAUUGGGUCCGGACCGCCGUUCUACGGGUCGGGGUAUGUGUCGCUCAAUGAUUGGUGGCUGUAUGGGUUUAUCUGCAGCGUGGUGAACCUGGUGAUCUGGCUUGGUGUGGGCGGCCUGUGGUGGAAGUUCCUUGGGAUCUGGUAG